CUACUCCAUUCCUCUUUAGGCUCCACAAAAUUGUGUUAUCAUCAUGACGGAACUGAAUAAUACGCUGGACUCUAGUCAACUCUCUUUACCGAAGUAUAGAAAAAAUAUUCUUCUAGUUGGAACGCCUGGAACAGGAAAGACAUCGCUAGCAAAGAGACUGACUGAAGUAACAUCCUUGGAACAUGUAGAAGUGGGAAAGUUUGCUGAGGAGCACAGUUGCUUGGGUAGUUAUGAUGAACAGUUGGAAUGUUUUGAAAUAGAAGAAGAGAAACUAAUUCCUAUCCUAAUAGACUUCUUAAAGCCCGGUGGUUACCUCUUGGAGUACCAUGGCUGCGAGUGGUUUGCCUCUUGUAAAAUAGAUCUCGUGAUAGUUUUGCAGACAGAAACUGCUCCACUUUAUGAUCGCUUGAAAGCUCGUGGAUACUCAGGAAGGAAGUUAGAGGAAAACAUGGAGUGUGAGAUAAUGCAAGUUAUUCUAGACGAGGCGUAUUGUUGCUUUAACGAAAAGCAGAUAUGGGUAGUUCCCAGCAAUAAGGAACAAGACUUGGAAGAAACUGUGGAGAGAGUUCAAAAGUUUCUUGAAAGCUCAAACUAAUUUAUUAGAUAAAUAAGCUUUAAAGAGC